UCACCGGGGGUGGGCGUUUUGACUCCCUUCGUCGCGCCGGUCAUCGUAUUUCGAAUGCGGUUGUGCGAACACUUUCUGACUUGACCACAUGUGUUGUGUAUGAUAAAAUUACUUCAGAAAAAUAAAGUGGACUUGUUAAUAUUUUUUCCCAAUGUUUUAAAAGGUUUCAGUGCACCCGCUGCCACAUAAAUCACGAGCAUUUAAAAUAAAAAACGAACGCAUUCAUCCCAAAGUGAGGCAAGAAUUAAAAAACGAAACAAGGAAAAAGGAGGGUCGCUCAUCGUUCUUGGGCGGACUAUCGUUUACCCAGCUAUCCAGAGCACUCAUGAAUAUGACAUCAGCGGUCGUAGCUGACCCACGAUGUUGAUUUAUGCGGCGUCGGUGAUCCAUCACACGGGCUACGGAUAACUGAGCGUACAAACAGACAGGGCACACUUUUGCUCGAUACGACAACGGUCCGUAACAACCUUUUGUGCAUCCAACUGAGAUUGUUUGCCAAUUGAGUAUGCAUGAAGUUCGGAGCGAUAUAUUGAAUCGAUGAGGUUUUCUGUCGGUUGAGACUUUGUUUGUUUGAGUUUUAUUACGCUUUUGUUAGUAAAGUGGGUUAAUGUAUUCCGAAGUUUUUAUAAGUGUUAUCGCUCUCUAUUCAGUUUAGUGUACAGUUACAUUGUUAGUUUUAUAUUUUAUUCAAAUUCGAGUAAAAAGCCAACUCGAAUUCGAUUCAAAUAUUAUAUUCAGUUUCACAAAAUGUUCGUGUUCAAACAUUUGAAUUUGAAACGUGUCCCAACAUGUAAACUAAAAUAAAACAAACAAAAAAGUGAAAAACGGUGUGUAAAAAUGCGUCGGCGUCCGUUACCGCCAGUUCGCGAAGAAGUGACAAACUCGAAGUCGUGGCGGACACUAUGCGAGAGUGAGUGGGUGGUAUACACACUCGUCGCGUCUGUCGGGGCUUUGACGUACGCGAAUAGUUUAGGUGGCGAGUUCGUGCAUGACGACAUCCCCGCGAUCGUGUCCAACAGUGACGUGAAUGGUGGUAACCAUGUGCUCCAAGUGUUUAGGAACGACUUCUGGGGCACUCCGAUGUCAGACCACAAUAGCCACAAGUCGUAUCGGCCGUUGACGACGCUGUCUUUUCGACUAAACUACAAACUCUGUGGUUUCUCACCAUGGUGGUGGCAUGUGUGUAACGUUGCGUUGCACGCUGCAUGUUGCGCGCUCGUCGCGCGUACCGGUGCUGUAGUUGCACGAUUGCAGCGUCCGUUCGCCGCACUCGCUGCGCUGCUGUUCGCCGUACAUCCUGUACAUACAGAAGCUGUCGCUGGAGUGGUGGGCAGAGCUGAUGUGCUGGCGUGCCUUUUCUUCCUCUCAUCCGUUCUAUUAUAUCAUGGAUCAUCAGGUCGUCACAGAGUGUGGUCGAGCGUGGCACUGGCAGCGCUCAGCAUGCUGGCAAAGGAGACAGGACUAACCGCGCUACUGUUCAAUGUAGCCUUCGAUUUGUACCGCUGUUGGACGUCUAACAGGUUUUCACCAUCAAUAAAAUGGCGAUGGCGCACCGACAGUUUUUACGGGCGAGUGAUUCGAGCACUGGCCGCAUUGAUCCUGCUGGCCGGAGUAAGGCUCGCGUUACUGCAAGGAUCUCUCCCUGCAUUCUCACCACAGGAUAACCCUCCUGCUUUCCAUCCAUCGUUUAGCGUCAGGUUGAUGACUUUCUGUUACCUGGCCGCAUUCAACUGGUGGCUGUUACUCUGUCCGUGGACCCUCAGCCACGACUGGCAGAUGGGCUCAGUGCCUCUCAUCACCAGUGGCUGGGACCCGAGGAACUUGCUCACUUGCGCGGCCUUCAUCGCAUUACUGGCACUUUCCUACAGAUGUCUAGUUGAUUUGGAGUUACAACGACACGCGCCUGCAGUGGUAGGGUUGAUGAUGUUGGUGAUACCUUACUUGCCUGCUUCCAAUCUACUCGUCACCGUCGGUUUCGUGGUCGCUGAGAGAGUGCUGUAUAUACCAAGUGUGGGCUCAGUGAUUAUUACGGUGUACGGUGUCCAGAUGAUGUGGCGACGAAGUUCUGGCAGCAGACUUCUGAUCCUUGGAGUUGCAGUGCUGGUGGCAGGAGGAGUUGCCCGGACACAUCUUAGGAAUAGAGACUGGAGAACUAGAGAAACUUUGUUAAGAGCGGACCUAUCAGUAUUACCACACAAUGCUAAGUUACAUUAUAACUUUGCAAACUUCCUGAAGGACAUUGAACAACAAGAGAACGCCAUCAAACACUAUAAGGAAGCUUUAAAGCUCUGGCCAAGUUACGCGAGUGCUCACAACAACCUAGGCACAUUGGUGCUGGCGUCAGGUCGAGCUGAACACCACUUCUUGCAAGCUCUCAAAUAUAACAGGGAUCACGUCAAUGCUCAUUAUAAUCUUGCCAAAUUGUACAGAAAGAAAAAUCGAAUAUCAGAAUCCCUAAAGAUGUUGGAACGCUGUAUAUCUUUAGAACCGAGGUUUGUCCAGGCAUAUCUUGAACUCUUACUGCUCAAACCAGAAAAUGAGAAGAGAGGUGUUCUUGACAAACUACUGGAGUUGGAGCCAAGAAAUUGGGAGCACUACCUACUUUAUGGCAACUGGUACAAAGAUAGAGGUCUCCAACCACUAGCCCUACAGUAUUACACGCGCGCCAUGCGGCUCUCGUUCAGCUCGGCACACGGCAGUGCACGAGGCGAGGUGGUGUCACUUCGUGCCGCCUGCCUUGUUCUACGGUCCGUGGGCCAGUACAGCAGGGUGCUGCAACUCCUCGUCAGAUGGCAUGGUGUCCGCGGUGAUGGUCAGCCAGCCAGUCGACGGCUUCUAGCAGCACGUGCCUGGCGGCUGCGCAGUGAGUUAGCCGAGCGGGCUGCACUUUAUGCGAGGCCUAGACAUCAGCCCUCCCCAAUUACAUCAACGUGUUUGCAUCACAGCCAGCUAGAAGUGUCAGCACACUACACGAACAAAUUAAAACAAAACCAAGUAGAUUCUAGAAUAUUAGGACAAAACACACUGCACAGUGGCACGACUGCGAACGGCGCUGGAAGAAAUUUAGAUAAAAAUAAUUGCCAAAAAACUGAACAUAGAAAGAAAAGCGUGUCAUUAUCCAGUCAUUAUAAACUGACACACAACAAAUCGGAAACAGGACAAAAGCAGAAAAGUUGUCCGUUACACAAGAAAAAGAAAAUUAAAGAUCCCGAGUUCACACCAUUUGUGUCAGACCAUUUGAUAAAGACUUAUUAAUUAGUUUUGUAAGUUAGACUUUGAUUGGUGAACAAUUUUUUGUGUUACAUAAUAAUAUAAUUGUCAAACUUUGUCUCAUAAACCAUGAAUGAAAUAAAGUUUCUUUUUAUAGUAUUUCCCUUCAUUUUAACAGUGAAUAGUUAUUUAUGUAACACAAUGAAUAUGUAUCGCUGUACACAGUAUUUUUAACGAAAAAUAAAAGACUUUUGAAAAGUUAUUAUUAGUCGAUAUUCGAUAAUAUUUGUGCCAUAUUUACUAAAUGUAAGACGUACAGAAGUAGUAGUUAUUAUAUUUGUUCGUGAAAAUCAGUUGUUAUCUUGUUCCUUUUACGAUGUUUUUUUGCAAUGACGAUAGUCUACAUUUCACAAUGAGCAAUUAUUUUUUACUGUCACUAACAGCGCUCUGUUUUUAUAGUCGUGAUGAUUAAAAAAUGUUUACAAUCACAGUUAUAGUUUAAGAUUUUCGUAAUUGUUCAAAAUCAAAUAUAAAAUGAUGAAAUUAUUCUUUAAUUUGAAUUGUACAUUAAACAACAUUUAUCGUUGUCCCAGAUUCGGGAUCUGCUUCAAUUGGUACUGACACAGCAGGUGAAUUGAUUUAUGCAGAUAUAUUGGACAUGUCAAUAAGAAUUAGAUGUAAGUGUAUGAUACUUGUAAAUAGUUGAGUAAGGACGUAGUUAGUUGGACGAUAUUACGAAUAACAUAAAUAUCGCACUCCGUUGCUUUAGAUGUAUCAAUUUGUUUACUAACACGGUGAAAUAAAUUACUG